GAUAGAUAGAUAGAUAGAUAAAUUGUGAAACAGUAGGCGGCGCUGUCUCAAAAACAUUACAUGCCUGAAAUUGCGGUUGGCCUGAAUCUGCGGUCUCCGUCUGUAGCGGUAUCCUUCUCCUCCGAGUGAUUCGUUCAUGCUACGAUUAGCACCGCUAGCUAGCGCUCAGGAAGGCAGGGGGUGAGUGACGCAAACGUGCUGUUAGCAAAGCAAUGCUACUAUGAACUAUUGAGCUUUCAGCCCAGAACAGGAAAGAAAAUGCUUUUGUCAACAAACUCGCAUUUUUUAUGAUGAGCCAGAUAUAUUUAUACUAAUGAAAGUAGUUUGCUCACAUCAAGAGUUAUGAGUCAGUUGGGGUGAUUUGUGAGUCAGUAAAGUCAUUCUCGAGUAUUGAACGAUUCGUAUAUGAGAAAAAGAACUACUUCCUGUAGUUCAGGGAAAAUGGCGCAGGGAGCGAAGAAAUUUAAAGCCCAGCGUUCUGGGACGAACAAGAAACAACAUUCUAACAAACAGAAAGGACCGAAGAAAGGAGGGAGGAUCAUUGCACCAAAAAAAACUCAAGUGGUUCAGCAGCAAAAGCUAAAGAAGGGCUUAGAGGUUGCAAUCAGGAACAAGAUUGAGCAGGAGGUGACUCAGAAAGCCAGCUCCUCCCUCCAUAAGCCGCUGUCCGUGGUCAAAGGUGUCGACGGGAAAGGAAACCCAGGAGCUGCUCGUCCUGGAGCCAGCUUAAAGUAGGGCCACUUGCCGGUCCUGGAUGUAUUCAGCAGGUCUGGUCCAGUUCAGACCCGGAUCUCAUAAAGUAUAGUUUCACUAUGGACUGAGGACUUUCCAUGCUUUACCUUGUGGAUCUUAUAAGUCACAGUUUAUUUUUAUCAGUUUAAAUCAGACUGUUUUAUCUGAUGGUUUAAUUUUGCAGCCACCAGUAAACGGAAAGGAAAAUAGGAUCAGAUGGAUGAAAAUCGUGUUCUGUUUGUGUUGACCUUUCCUUGAAACUGAAAUGAUUGAUUCUGUCUUUUCCAGUCAGAUUCCACCCAGAACUGCUAGAUAAUUUUAAUGAAAUAAAGUCAUCCACACUAGUGGGAGAUGUUAAGUGCUUUUGGGUUUAAUUACCUCUCAAAAACAAAUUUAUGUGAUACGUUUAUCACAUUUUAGUUAAAUAAAAUGAUUAUCCUCA